AUGACUGGCUUCUCUUCUUCUCCAAACGGGGUCGGAGAGCCCAGUGAGCGGGAUGCUCUGAUCAAUGAUAUUCCCCGCAUCAAUUCAGGCAUGAGCCAGCAUCGGCGCCACAAACGUGGAUCCCGCUGGCUGAACAUCCCAGCGCAGGUCAUGCACUUGACCUGGGAGACCCUCGUGCGGGACUACGUCAACGUGCUGCUCGUGUUUGUGCCUCUUGGUAUCAUCUCCGGUGCGCUUCACUGGGACAGCACGGUUGUCUUCUCGUUGAACUUCCUGGCGAUUAUCCCAUUGGCGUCUCUGCUGAGCUUUGCGACUGAAGAACUGGCGGCUACUAUGGGACAGGCGUUGGGUGGACUGAUGAAUGCCACUUUCGGGAAUGCGGUCGAACUGAUUGUCAGCAUCAUCGCUUUGAAGGGCAACCAGAUCCGUGUCGUCCAGGCAAGCAUGCUGGGCAGUAUCCUGUCGAACAUCCUGCUUGUGCUCGGAUGCUGUUUCUUCAUUGGUGGGCUCCGGUACUCCGAGCAGACGUUCAACACUACUGUCGCGUCCACCAUGUCGUCCAUGAUGACGGUUGCCUCUGCUUCGUUGAUCAUUCCGGCCACCCUCUACGCCUCUCUGUCACCAUCCCACUCCAAAGCUACGACGGAUAAUAAUAUCCUGAUUCUUUCGCACGGUACCGCCAUCAUUCUCCUGGUUUUAUACGUCAUGUACCUGUACUUCCAGCUCAAGACGCAUACACAGCUGUUUGAGGAGGUUCAAGACGGACUCGGACCCGAUACAGAGAAUCAGGCGCACCAUGAAGAAGAGGAGGAGCAUCAUAUUUUGAACCCAUUGGCCGCUACCAUUGCUCUGGUUGUUGUCACGAUUCUUGUUGCCGUCUGUGCCGACUACCUGGUUGGAAGCAUCGACAGCAUUGUGGAGAAGACCGGCAUGAGCCGGACCUUCAUCGGUCUUGUCUUGAUUCCCAUUGUUGGAAAUGCUGCGGAGCAUGUCACCGCCGUCGUCGUCGCAUGGAAAGGAAAGAUGGAUCUGGCUAUCGGCGUAGCCGUCGGCAGUAGCUUGCAGAUCGCAUUGUUCGUGACACCGUUCCUUGUCAUCAUGGGCUGGAUCCUAAACGUUGAGAUGACUCUCAACUUCCACAUCUUUGAAACUGUCGCCUUCUUCAUCUCCAGCUUGGUUGUGACCUUCCUCAUCCAAGAUGGCAAGUCGAAUUAUCUCGAGGGUGGGCUUUGCUUGGGAAUGUAUCUGAUCCUAGCGCUAGCGUUCUACGUCUACCCAGAUGAUCCUACUGGCGAUGCUCUUAUUGCCAAUUGA